AUGGAUCUCUGGGGGAAAAUCCUGUUUUUUAGGCUGGUCGCUGCUGCUGUUGCCGCUGCACACAUGGACCCACCACUGUCCCCCACCGUGUUGACUGCAUCAGAGGGAGGAGAAGUCACAUUCUGGAGCCGAUUGAACAACAACACUCACGCCAUCCUCUCUGUUAACAACAAAACGCUGCUGAACUUUGAUAAUGGUUUGAUACGGUACAAAAACAACAUGAUUCGUGUGGAGGAUCGGAGGAUUGUCAUGACCAACGUUCAGAAGAAUGACGGCAACAUCUAUAAGCUCCAGAUCUAUGAACGCCCAAGUCUCGAAGGGAAACUGUACCACUUCAAACUCAAUGUAACAGAGGCUCCUCCUCGAGCUUCUGAUGUUACGUCUGCCCCUCCAGCUGCAAACCAAGGCCCAGACCCAGGCUCAGAUUCAGACCCAGGCCCAGACCCAGGCUCAAACAAGACUCUUCUUGUUGUCUACAUUGGACUAGCAAUAUCAUGCCCGAUUGUGAUUUUCUCGGCGCUCGCAUUUUGGAAGAGGAAAUGGAUCAAGGAAAAACUCCAAAAGAAGCAGAACCAGAACCAGAAUGGGCAGCAGGACGUGGCUCAAUACACUCCAGUGAAUCCAGACGAGGCACAUGUCGAAUUAAGAGAAGUUAUGGCUGGAUGA